UACGGCCAUACCCAAGAGGUCAAGACCCACUGGGUUGUUGAACAGCCUGGCUUCCGUGGCAACGGACCACGAAAUCUCCAUUAGAGAAAUUCCAUUAUCUUUUGAACACUAAUAAAGUUGAAAUCCAAGGUUUUUGCAGGCGUACUUUUUUGUAUAAUUUGGAUCUUCUCUGAAAUCACUUCUCUAUCAACGAUCCUUUUUCUGGUGGUCCGGUAGAUAAUCUUUUUUAGAUUUAAGCAUUCAAUUUUUCCCACAAGCAUCUUAAUGGAAGAUGAGAAAAAGAAAAAGAAAAACAAGAAGAAGAAGUACAAGCAACAAACGAAAGCAGCUGCAUCGGCAGUCGACGAUACAGCGUCGUCCGAUACUGGAGGGACAUGCUCUGUAGGAACGAUUAGUGGUGACCAAGAUAAUGGAUCAAACAUCGGAGUUGAAGAUGAACGUGCUAGCAAUGCUAACGGUAGUGCUUCAGUUGACAUUGUGAAGCAACAUAGGUUGCAAGAAGAGGCUAGAUUACGAGAUAUGGUCAAGCAAUUACUCUAUGAAAAGAACUCAUACAUACAAAGACAGGCUGAAUUAGAGAUGAAAAUGAAACAACUACAGAGUGAAAAUGAUUCUUGGCAUCAAAAAGAGGCGGACCUGGAACAGAGAAUUAAUCAAUUAUUACAAGAGAAUGCUGCUUUGAGUUUUGCAGAGAAAAAUUUAUUGGAAAAUGUUCAAUGUGUUGAGAAGGAGAAACUUUUUCUUUUAGAAAAGGAGAACUUAAGCAAGGAAACAAUUUCAACGUUGAAUAAUGAAAUUGCUAGGUUGAAGAUGCAGGUUCUGGAGUUGGAAGGAGCUAAGACCACUCUUUCACAAGAAAACAUGCAGAUGCUAGACAACCUAUCUACCUUACAGUCACGAGUUCAGGACCUUGAAAAGAGUUUGCUGACUGUUGUCUCACCAGCGGAUGUUCAAAACGAUGUGUUUGAAAAAGAGAACUUGAAUGCUGAGAUUGAAGAAGCAUAUGCAUUGAUUGGGAAACUGAUGACAGAAAAUGCUGAACUUGUUGCAAAGGUAAAUCAGUUGUCCAUCAAGCUUGGUCAACAAGCUGAAGUGCAUAAUGAUACUUCAGUGGACAUACUUGAUAAUUCAUAUGCAAAUCCUUUAUAUAGAUUUUCUGAAGAUAUGGAAGAUGUUUCAUUGGCAACAAAGAGUGUUGAGCUUUUUGGAACAGGUUCAAAGGAAGAUGAGCAAAUGAUGACGGAUGAAAUGCAUUCAGAUUAUGCUAAUGUACGACAUUCCUCAGAGACCACUGUAUCAGGAGAAAUAGUGCAAAUUCCUUUAGUUGAAAAUGAGUCUCACGAUGUAGAAGCACUAGCUUAUGCAAUUGCAAGAGAUGAAAGUGUCCCGCUUGUUGAUGCUCCUCUCAUCGGUGCUCCUUUCAGGCUAAUUUCUUUCGUCACAAAGUAUGUAAGUGGCGCUGAUUUAGUCAACAAAGAUUCUUCAAACUCGCUGCAGUAAACCUUAUGUGCUAAGUUGUAGAAGGUCUAUUGAGAAAGAUAAAAUAUGCUCAACUGAAUAUUUCACACAACCAAACCUUUUUAUGACAAGAAUAGAUGAACUACAGACUGUAUUUUUAGAUUUUUCGAAAGUUUGGUUUCUAUGUCGCCAUUUUAGUGUGGCCAUUAUAGAUUUUUGGUUACAUAAUGGGCAUCCUGUAUUAUCUGAUGCUGCACAUUUGUGAUUGCAAUUAAUUGAAUUUGAUCAGGUAAAGGAAGAAUUCUAACA